AUGUACGCCAAGAGGGAGAUCCCAACACUGGACAGUGUGCUUAAGGCUGUCAACGAAGACGACGACUUGCCGAACUUCAAGAAAACGACCUUGUGGAGGUUAAUGAAAGACAUUGGCUUCAUGUUUGAUAAGAGGAAACGGAAUCUUGCGCUGAUCGAGCGCAGUGACAUCAUUGCCUGGCGCCGCAGAUACCUGCGGGCGAUCAAGGAAUUCCGAAGACAGGGCAGGUGCGUCAUCUACUUAGAUAAAACGUGGGUGAAUGCAGGGCACACGAAGGAAUACGUCUGGCAGGAGAAGACUGCGAAGUCAGCUCAUGAUGCUUUCCUGAAAGGUCUGUCGACAGGAUUGGUCGCGCCCUCGGGCAAAGGGGUCCGUUUGAUCCUUGUACAUGCUGGGAGCAGUGCAACAGGUUUCGUCCAAGGAGCUGCUGACCACUUCCGAGCAAAAAAGGGGAACAACGCUGACUACCACUCUGAGAUGGACGGAAAGUACUUCGAGAAGUGGUUCACAGACAAGCUUUUGCCAAACAUUCCGGCCAAUAGCAUUGUAGUCAAGGACAAUGCUCCAUACCACAGCGUAGCUCUUGAAAAAGCACCUACCAAGUCUAAGCGCAAAGCUGAUAUUCAGCUUUGGCUCACAAAGAAAGGUGUUCCAUGGUCACAGGACAUGGUGAGAGCUGAGCUGCUGGAACUUUCGCGAAAGGUCAACACACCCACCAUUGUGCACCGCAUCGACACUGUGGCGGCUAGCCAUGGUCACGAAGUGCUUCGUGUACCACCAUACCACUGCGAGUUCAAUCCAAUUGAACUUGUUUGGAGCCAAGUGAAGGGGAACCAGUGCUCUCACCUGCCGAGAAGCUCGCCCAAGCGAGGAACAUCUCCCGCCAAGUACCGGAGGACGUUCACCUGCGAUGUACGCAGGAAUCUGUCCAAGUCCUCAAUUGUGCUCCAGAAGCAAGGCGGUGCUCUGGAGGUGGUGCUGGUGGCCCCAUGGGAUGCUCGCUGA